GACCCAUCCAUCAACGCUUCAUUCUUCAAGCUUAAUCAUCAUAUCCUUUCCUCGCGAUAUCACCGUGACCAAGCAUGUCAUUACCCACAGAACCCAUGCACUGGACCCGAGGUGAAUUCCUCAUCUCCACGGAUAAGACAUAUCUAUCGCUCGCUGCCAUAAAUCACGCGUUUGGACAAGAUUAUAUGUACUGGGCCAGCCCAUUUCCGGAGGAAAUACUCGAAAAGAUCAUCGAUAAUUCAUUUUGCUUUGGCGUCUACAGUCUGGACUCGCAUCUACUCUGCGAUGACGAGAACGGUCACCCACAGCGACCGGUAGAAGCCUUGAAGGCAGCCGAUGCCAGACAAAUCGGGUUCGCUCGACUGGUUACCGAUGGUGUCACGUUCGCCUACCUGACCGAUCUUUACGUCCUACCGGAGUAUCAGGGACAGGGGCUGGGUGGGUGGCUCAUCGACUGUGUGGACGAGGUCGUCCGCCCUUUGCCGUACUUGCGGUGGCUGAUGCUGCGGACCUCGGCCGCAAAGAGUCAGGCGUCCUACGAGACCCGGCUUGGGAUGAAGGUGCUAGAUACCGGGGAUGCUACCAAAGGGGCCGUCAUGAUGGGGAGGCAAGGAGCGGCCGGAAGAGCAUGAUUGUACAGGUUAAUGCUGGGAAGGGGCGGAGGGUGAAUGACUCUUGGAGACUCGCAAUUGAAUAUAGG